UUACAUUGGAGACGUUGGGAGAGAAAAGGAGCAAAUGUGCGCGGCGACGGAGAGGGAGGGAGGAAAGCGAGUGCGCAAAUAGGCAGCCAGGCACAUCGGCAGCCGCGGCAGAGCAUCUUCCUGAUCCUGAUCUCCCGUGUCUUCAGCUGCCAAUUCUUCGUGUGCGUCUCUGAUUGAGAUUUCACUGCCGGGCUGAAGUGUCCAGAAGCCUCCGCCAACCAUCACCUCCCACUACACACUUUCUCCGGAGCUCGGUUAUUCUUAGCUCAGCUGUGAGAGACUGUCCUUCCGGUCGUUCUCUUAUUUAUCUCAGUUUCUUGAAUAUUUAAUGGAAAAUGGCGAUCUGCGCACAGUCGUACGGUGUCUUCUGCCUCUUGACAAUCCAAACUGUACUUAUCAUAUGCGUCUCCACGCCGACAGCCGGGACCCACCUCUUCCCACAGCAAUACACAAUGAUUCACUGGGCUGGACGCAUUGAGAAGGAGCUGGAAAAGGUUCUGCAGCACGUCACCGGAGCUCAGCAGAUGAGAUCGAUUUAUAAUGAGAAGAAGAGCCAGUUUGAAAUCAAGCGAAACAACCCCAGGGAUUUGGUGGAGAGGGUGGCACGGGACAUCUCCAAGCUGCUCAACAGCAAGAGAAAAGCCCUGGAGAAACUGGCCAGAGAAGCAGAGCAGCUUCAGAAGGAACACGUCUGGCAAGAUGGUGUGACGGAGAAUGCCAUUUCAUACUACGAUUCCAAAGCGGAUUCAGACUAUACCGAGGACGGGGAAGAGGAGAAUCCACUGGAGACUUCAUCGUCUUUGGAACUGGAGUUUGUGGACGAUCCCAAUUUUAAAAACAAGGUCAACUACUCUUCGAGUGCAGUCCAGAUUCCUACAGACAUAUACAAAGGCUCCCCCGUCAUCCUUAAUGAAUUAAAUUGGACCCAGGCACUGGAGAGGGUCUUCAUUGAAAACCGUAGGGAGGACAGCUCUCUCCGCUGGCAGGUGUUUGGGAGUGCCACGGGCAUGACACGAUACUACCCAGCAACUCCAUGGAGGGCACCCAACAAGAUUGACCUGUACGAUGUCCGCAGAAGACCAUGGUAUAUCCAAGGUGCAUCGUCUCCAAAGGACAUGGUCAUCAUUGUGGAUGUGAGUGGAAGCGUCAGCGGACUCACUCUGAAGCUCAUGAAGACCUCCGUAGUGGAGAUGCUAGACACUCUAUCAGAUGAUGACUAUGUGAAUGUGGCUAGUUUCAAUGAAAAAGCCGUUUUUGUAGUUGAUUGCUUCAGGACUUUGGUCCAGGCCAACGUUCGUAACAAGAAGAUCUUCAAGGAAGCCGUCAUGCGUAUGCAAGCCAAGGGGACCACAGAUUACAAAUCUGGCUUCACAUUCGCCUUUGAACAGCUUCUCAAUGAGAGCAAUGCCCCAAGGGCCAACUGCAAUAAGAUGAUAAUGAUGUUUACAGAUGGCGGGGAGGAUCGCGCACAGGAAAUCUUUGAGAAGUACAACUGGCCCAACAAAACAGUUCGUGUUUUCACUUUCUCUGUUGGCCAGCAUAACUACGAUGUCACCCCUUUGCAGUGGAUAGCAUGCGCCAAUAAAGGUUACUACUUUGAAAUUCCAUCAAUUGGAGCCAUCAGGAUCAACACUCAGGAGUACCUGGAUGUCCUGGGCCGUCCGAUGGUGCUCGCCGGGACUAAAGCCAAGCAGGUGCAGUGGACAAAUGUCUACCAGGAUGCACUGGGUUUGGGCCUUGUCAUCACCGGAACAAUGCCAGUCUUCAACCUCACUGCUGAUACUGCAAGCUCUCAGAACCAGCUCAUCCUUGGAGUCAUGGGAGUAGACAUUGCAAUCAACGAAAUCAAAAAGAAGACACCUACAUACAGACUUGGAGCUAAUGGCUAUACCUUUGCCAUCGAUCCAAAUGGUUAUGUACUGCUGCAUCCCAACCUUCGGCCUAAGAUCAUUAACUUCAGGGAGCCCGUCACUCUGGACUUUUUGGAUGCAGAACUGCAAGACAGCAACAAAGAGGAGAUCCGCCGACAGAUGAUUGAUGGCAAAUCAGGGCAAAGGAAAAUCAAGACGCUCAUUAAAUCAGUUGAUGAGAGGUACAUUGACGAGGCUGUGCGGACGUACACGUGGACCCCUGUGGAGGGGACAGAUUACAGUCUAGGGUUGGUACUGCCUACAUAUAGUGAGAACCACAUCAAGGCCAAUCUAAGUGACCAGAUCCUCCAGGUGCAGUUGUCAUACACCAAGGAUUUUGAGUCACUGCUGCCAAACACUUUUGAGUCUGAAGGACAUGUAUUCAUUGCUCCCAGGGAGUACUGCAAUGAUCUGGAACUGGCCAACAACAACACUGAGUUCCUGCUCAACUUCAUUGCUCUAAUGGAGAAGGUGACACCAGACUCCAAACAAUGUGACAAUUUGCUCCUUCACAACCUCAUUCUGGACACGGGCAUCAUCAGACAGUUGGUCGAGAAAGUGUGGAAGAAUAAAGAUCUGAACACAUACGGCUUCCUGGCUGUGUUUGCUGCAACAGAUGGAGGUAUAACAAGAGUGUUUCCAAACAAGGCUGCAGAAACCUGGGAGGAAGACCCUGAGCCGUUUAAUGCCACCUAUUACCGCCGCAGCCUCGACAACAAGGGUUACAUCUUCCGAGCGCCUUAUCGAACAGCCAGGGACGAGCUGCUGAACCCAGAAAAUGACACCAUAGGUAUUCUGGUCAGCACAGCUUUGGAGAUGACAAUAGGAGGGAAGACCAUCAAACCUGCAGUUGUCGGAGUGAAGCUAGACCUCGAAGCCUGGACGGAUAAGUUUAAGAUUCUUGCCAGCAACCAUACAGACAGCCGACAAGGCUCAAAUACGUGUGGACCAAACAGGGGCUGUGAAAUGGACUGUGAAGCCAACAGUGAUGAUCUGCUGUGUUAUUUAAUAGAUGAUGGCGGAUUCCUAAUCAUGUCCAAUCAGAAGGACGACUGGAACAAGGUGGGCAUGUUCUUCAGUGAUGUUGACCCCUACUUGAUGUACGCGCUCUACAACAAUUCUUUCUACAACAGCAAACAAUCAUUUGAUUACCAGUCUGUUUGUGAACGGAUGCCCAACAGCGAAGCCGGAGCUGCACCCAGAGGAGUGUUCGUGCCCACUAUUGCAGAUUUUGCCAACCUGGCUUGGUGGACAUCAGCUGCUGCAUGGUCCUUAUUCCAACAGUUCAUAUAUGGACUGGCAUACCACAGUUGGUUUGUCACAGAUGAGGUGGAUGCCGAAGGAAUCGACUCUAAAGAGAGAAGCUGUGUAAUGAUCCAGACCCAGUACUUCUUUAGUAAUCUCAGCAGUUCCUACAACAUACUGCAGGACUGUGGCAACUGCUCCAGGCUGAUUCAUGCCAAGAGGAUAAACAACACCAACUUGCUGUUUGUGGUAGCAGAAAAGAUGCCAUGCAACACCUGCGAGAUAGAGAAGCUAUCCCAGGAGGAGAAGGAGUUCAAGGAGGAGGAUCCAUGUAAAGAAACGCCUGAGGCGCGCUAUCGAAAAGGACCCUCCACCUGCUUCGACAGUAACAUCGCUGAGAACACGUCGGACUGCGGGCGAGGUCACUCCUUCCGCCCGUCCCUCUACACUUUACUGCUCAUUCAGCUGCUUCUGCUUUAUCCAGCUGUCAGUCCUCACGUUCUCUCCCUACUACAUUAAUUUCAUUUUCCUGCACUUAUCCUCCUUUUCACCCUCCUUAGCUUCUAUCCCAUCCUAAGCCCCCCGCAUCCACCUCCUAGCCCCUUCGCCCUCCCCCUUGGUAUAGUCAUAGGUAAUUAUGGGACUUCCCAUCACGGCGAGUUGGAAGCCCUGAGCGCUGCGCUACCCAGCUUGCUUUGGUCUGUGUUGCUUUGUGAAAACAGAGAGACAUUUGCGUCCUCACCUUCAUCUGCAAGAUGAGCUAGGGUGGUGCUGGACCACUUGGAUCAUCAGAGGCAAUGUCAGAAAAGAGAUCUCAAGCCACCCAACCACCCCGUCAAGCCUACAACCAUCCCACCACCUUCUCCAUCCAGACAAGGGAGGGUGAAAAGGACAGGCCGAUCUCCUCGUCACAGACCUCCCACCACAGACUGGAGAAAUGAGGUUGCGUGUCCACCUUCACCUCUGUCUGUCAGAGGGACAGCAGGACUCCUCCUCCUCCUCCUUUCCUCCAUCUCAGAGUCUCAUCGCUCUGUCAUUUGCCUCUUGUAAGAGGCUGUGGACCAUUCAGCCAGUAAUAGCCACCAUAGAAGAAAAAUAGCAGAAAAAUAAAAGAACUGUUAAGUAUACAAAAUGUCACGUAUAAACUGCUGAAGUGAUGAGUAUUCUAAACAUACAGUAUAUUUAGGUUUUAACAUGAAAAGGAAGUUAAGUGUUAAAAAGACAUGAAUUAGUUUAUGCGCUAUAUCUACUUGCCAAAAUGAGAUAUACUUUCGUGUGGUCUUAUUUUUAUAGCCAAAACACGAAGAGGAAAUGGAUUUAGAUUUAGGAUAAAGCUCGAGAGGAAGAGGAGACACUCGGCAGCUGAAUGCUGACUCAUAAUUACAGAUUAAUGCUUUUAAAAGACAUCCACUGGGGAUUAAUGUAAUUACACGUUGGUAAUCUCAUUUUCUUGAAGUAUUUUUCCUCAUACUUACUAUUUGAGGUUAGUGCUAUCUGGCUUUUAUUGUAAAAUAUGAAUCAGUGUUCGGUUGCUGCAGGAACUUGUUGUGUAGUAUUCUCCUUUACGAUUAAUCCACCACGCUGACCUCGGGUUUGGACUGAUGUUUAAAGGGGAAAAAAAAAAAUCUCUGCACCCUCUGAUGAAAAAGCUCACCUCUGCCACUCCUCAUGAGGCUUCUCCAACAACCUCGACUAACGCUCCUAACCGCGAUUUGUAUUCGUGCUUUACUUUUGUCACACAGCAAACACACUCACAUCUCCCCGCCAUAGUAGUUCCAGUUUUUUUUCCCCUUCCUUUCUUCCUUGUCUGUGCUUGGGUGGGGGGUGCUAAUCAUUUUUCUUUUGGUGUGUGCUUGUAUUACCUUUGACUGAUGCUGUUCAAACUUCAAAACCAUUCGCUGCUGGGGGAUAGGGGCUUAUCAACAUUUCCAACAAAAGUGCAGAAGAGGCCACUAAAUAUGGUGAUCAUGUGCAGUAAGUAGUGUGGUUGUAAUCCAUCGCAGUUCGUCAUUUGAUCAUGUGUGAAAAGUCAUUUUAGACUCCCAUGUUUAGGAGCCGCUCUGUUUCAUAGUGCCUUGAUGCACUUUGUUUUGGAACGCAUCGGCUGUAUAAGAGUAGAGCUACUGUAUAGUACCUUUAUAAAGCAGCCGAGGCUUUGGACACUACAGGAGCCUAAGACUGAAUCUGUUGGCUAAAGAAAUAGCUUUACACAGAGCCAUCGAACUGACUGGCUCGGCUUAAUGUAUUUUCCCCUCUUGGCUGUUGUUGCUGUACUCCUCCAAUGCCACCUGACUGUCAUCAUAUGGAGUUACUAUACCGUUCCUUUACAAAGCCAUGUAUAGAGCUACACUAUCAGUAUACAGCGACUUAACUGGCCAUAGAGCUUUUUUUGUGUUGUUUUCUUUUCCUUUCUUUUAGGGCCACCUGACUGCUAUAGUUCUGCCUGAAUCGUAUGUGUUUGUGUGUGGAUGUAUGCGCGUUAGUUUAAAAACCCUCAAAGGGAAUGUCUUUUUAAAUGAGUCGUGGAGUGCUCGGGGGAUGGCAGUUGUGCUCGUGUAACUGUUUCCUCGGCGUGUUGCGACAGACAAAAAAAAAUCCAGUGUUGCUGUGGAGAAAAAGGGGGUGAUUUUAUGAAAACAAAAGGAGAUCCAUGUUGACUGCUUAAAUAUUAAUAUACGGGGGCAGAGGAGGCAGAAAGAAUGUGUAGUUCAUCAGUGUUUUCUGUUUCAAAACCUCGCUAAAUGCCUUAGUGUUACACGUAUGGAGCUCCGAUACCCCCACGUAACCCUCUUUCUCACACACAAAUCGAUCCUGAAAUAUUUCACUCCCCUGGGCUUUUUUUUUCUUGGUGUUAUGCAGUAAAUAUAGUGAGCUCUAAUUUUAUAUUUUUACGUCUCGGAAUGAUUAGUUAUCGAUCGAUGCCUGUUUGAUUAAAUGCUUGAAAGUGGGUGGAAGUUUUUAAAAUUAAAAAAAAAAAAAAGAAAAAGAAAAAAAAAGCCUCUGACCUUCGAUGUUCACACCCCACCCAAGACUUGCCGUAGUAUUGCUCAGGUGGGAUGAUUCACUCGACAGUUUGAAGCUUAACUAGACACUCUGUACAGUCGUAGGUACUAUUUGAUGUGACAAAUGUUGCUGGCACAGUAACUGCAGCUCAGCUCUGGACAAAUCAGAGGGAAAACAAAAUUCAUACUGUUAAAGACAAUGAAAAUCCGAAUGAGCAUUUCCAACGUGGCCCGUUACUAUCUGAUGCUGGAUGCAGUUUCACUUUUCUGCCAUCUGUUUGUCUCUGUCCUGUGCCACUAUUCUGUCUGUAUUUCUCUAUUUCCACUGUCUGUAAAUGAACGCUACACGUGCCUGUGGAAAUGUACCCCCUGCAACUUACUCUUUUUCCUGACUGUGUGCGCACACAAUCUCACUCCCAAACUAAAUACACUCUGUGCACCUGCACUCAGACAUUAUGCACACACACCUAUAAGCAACCAUGUAAUGACACUGACUCAUCCCCCGCUGGGAGAUGUCAAACACCAGGAAGAAGUAAGCCAAGGACGUCACCUUCCAGGUGUUUUUAUUUUAUUUUAUUUAUUUUUUUCGUGAGCGGACGGGAUGUCAGAGGCAAGCUCAGGGAGUGGGUCUCCACAGAGCAUCACGAGCCCAGUAAACAGAAGGUCGUGGGAGAGACAUCUAGUGACGUCUGUGUGUGCAUCCUGAUGGAAAAUAGCUUCCGAAGGUACACACACGUCUGAUUUCUGUGGUUUGACAAAUUUAAUUUUGCCAAAAAAAAGGGAACAUAAAUAGAUAAUUGGACCAGCUUGGGGGACGAGAGGGAGGGGUCAGCUUUAAAACAUCACCCUACAGUAGAUUAAUGCGGGUUUUCACAAAGCGUCUCCCUUCCCCUCCACCGACCCUCGCUGCAACCCUUUGUGUUGGUGCGUCUAUGUGGGAAAGACACGUGUGUAUGUGAUUCUGUAGUCUGUAGUCUGGUGCUAUGUGACCAUGUUUGACACGUGUGUGAAAAAAAUAACAGCAACAAUUUAGAGAGAAAAAAAAGAGUAAAUUCAGUCAAACUUUCAGUGAAGUUUAAAAAAAAUAUAGGAAUACAGCACUGUUGAUAAGUUUGAGAUCUGAUGUCAAAAUGUUUUCUCUUUUUUUUUGUUUUUCUUUUUUUCCUCGUACGUGUGUGAGUGUGAAUGUUUGUAUGUGUGGAAGAUUUAGCUCCUUCUUUUCUGGGCACUAGUCCAUGUCGUCGCUCCAUUCUUUUGUACAGAUGAAGCUUAAAAAAAAGAAGAAGAAAACAAAAAAGAAGAGGGCAAAAUUUGUAAAAUAUUGUGUCUGUGACUCCUUGUAAAAUAUUUUCAAAUUGUUUAUUACAGAGAAUCAGUUAUUAAAUAAUGUUCAUAUUUUUCACUUCAUUUUAUUGUGUGGUGUUUUGUUUUGGGGGGGGUGGAAAAAUUCCCCGGUAAAAAUUCCAAUCUGGCUGGAAAAUGUGAUAGAGUGCGUAGAUUUUUAACUGUUUUUGUGUAGGUUUUACAGAUUUUCCUCUUGAUAAAGACACCACCACAUUGCUAUUCAUACUAUUUUAAAGUCAUUAAGUAAUAGAUAAACAAUUAAAUGACAGAAAAGUUCCCGCUUUUCCACAAUCUACCAAUAGAAACAGUUAAAAAAGAAAAAACAUUUUCUGUGAAUUAACAUUUUAUAAUUACAGGGCAAGCUGGUUAAUGAACUACCAGAACUUUUUCUGUAAUUUUACAUGUUUCUCAUGUACUUUCACUGGGCUGACCCACUUGAAGUCGAAGCUGUCUGUGGCCCGUGAUGUAAAAUCAGUUUGGCGUUACCUACUUUAACUCCUCAGUUAAAUAGAAAACACACAGUCUGUCCAGAAUCAAGCAAAUAUAUAAUAAUCAUAAUGAUGUUUCAUUAAAAAUAUUCACUUCUAACACUGGGAUGAGACGAUCAAUAAAACCCUGGUGUGUGUGUGAGUUUAAUUUAUAGCAGGUAGCAUUUGGCUAACGUAACAUGGUGCAGAGACAUGAAAGUGACCUGCAGCCUGCUCUCUUUGAACUUUAUUAUUCUGUUUGUGCCAUUUAGACACAUCACAAACAUUUCCAUGUUCUUAACAUGCUCCCUUCUGAUUGCUUCAUAAUUACAGAGUUUCAGUGUCUGAGGCAUAAAGUACUGUACGUAAACACUAAAGUGUCAUUCUUUUAUUAAAACUUGGGUUCAGUUACACAGAAAAAUGGCCUUUGGCAGAUUUAAGGCAUCGUUUGUGCUGUUUUCAGGCAGUUCUGUAAUGAUUACUGCAAAGUCAGAUAAACUGCAUUAGGACAGAAACACUGUGACAUAAAAGCGGCACAUGUUUGACACAUUUCUAUCUUGCCCAUUUGUAGAAAUGCUUCUCAAAGUGUUUCCAACUGCUUCGCAGCCUUGACCAGGUGCCCGUUGGAAGACUCUUACAGUUUUGUGUGCACGCAACAAACACUAAAACAACCAUGGUCAUUUUAUAUGAUGUUAGUGAACUGUAGCUUCAGUCACCUAAAUUAAACCAAAAUUACUCAAACUAAAUAUUUUACGACAACGAAACAGGAAAAGUUUCCAGAGUGGAAAUAAUGGACGCUGUUCAGUGAUCUGGGAGAUCCACGUGUCGUUAUCCUACACGCCUGGGUUCAGUAGUCGGCUGCAGACUUGAGCUUUGUGUUUAGUGUACAGAUUCAAGACUGACAUCAGGUUUUCUCAUUUAAGAAACAAUAUUUCUCAAAAAGCUUCAGGCUUAAACCUUUUAAGGAAAAGUUCAUCUGCUGUCAUCAUUAGAAAAGGCCCGAUUUGCAGACGUUACCAAAACAUACAAAUCAGGUUAAGCAUUGGGAAUACGUGAGUUCAAUUCUUCACGAGUGAUUAAUGUGUUUGCUUAUGCGUGACCGCAUUCUUGGCGAUCGCGCCGCUAAUGCACAGCAAAGAGCUUCACAGCGUGUUAAGGAAGUCUGUAAGAGCUUUGUGCCAAGUGUCUGGGUCGUCCAGGUAACAGGGGUGGCCUGCUCCCUUCA